GCGAAUGGGUGACGCCACGCUCUCCCAUUCUAGUUCCACUUCUAUUGACAGAAGUAACACGAUUGCGACAGAGCAAAGUUCUUCUGUGUUGUCACCAUUUGUCAUGGGACAAGCGGAAAUUAAUCUUUAGAUGUCACAGAUGUCAUCAAAAUGUCGCUCGUAAGGUAGAGUCUGAAUUUUUUGUCAUAGAUACAAUUUGCUUGAUCUAAGUAGUGAGUUGCUUUCAGGGGACUCGCAUUAAGUGCCAUCUUAGCUGAUUUCUAACGUUUGUGAGCUAAAUGAUUUAUUCCUUCUCCCAGAUAGUGUUCAGUGUACUUGGAGUGGUUGAGUAGUUAGAGAAUGGAGUAAUUAAUGAUAAAGGUCGAUAGGCAUUUGUUCCUUUUGUUUUUUCAUGCUCAAGAAUUCAUCCAAAUUAACAAUGCUUGAAAGAUAUUCCGGCUACAUGUCUGCCAACGGCACAUUAUAGUUCGCUGUCCCAGCUAAGCAAUCUACAAGUCCCAGCUAUGCUAACUUGCUAUUGCUAGCUAACACUGAGUGCUGCCAGAAUCCAGCUGUUAGCUUAGUUCUCGCCCCACUGACCCAGACGUGUAGCUGUAGUGGUAGGCAACUAGCUAACUUGAAUGUUUACGUUUGUCGUCGACAAGCUCCAUAAUGACAUGUAUAAUGAACUUGUUACACAAAAAGUCAUUAGAGAUUUCGCCGUUACUCAGUAAAUUGAAACCAAAUAAAAUCAGAUAUGUUUGUGUAUUAAUUUAGCUAUUUGCCCGUGUUUGGGUCGUGUGGUUUUGUGUGUACCACAACUUGUAGAGUUUUCUGUGAAGUUAUACCUUUGUCUCCUAAGGCGAACAGUCUGGGAAAUGCUGCUAUUUUUAUGCAUGAUUUACUUGUCAACGGCCAGGGUUUAGACACAAGUCAGUUAGCUCGCGGAUUGAAUGAUUAAGAGAGAGAAGAGCGGCUGCUAACAUUUUUUGUGUGUUGUCAGUAUUGUUUUCCGCAGUCGUGGAGCAAAACUUUAACUUCUGGGACUUUCUCUAUUCUUGUUAUCAUUCGGGUUGGAGAAAGGCAAAUGUUCAAGUAGGGUAGAUAAGUGCAUUCUUACUGUCGCUAUGACACAGCCAAAGAAGGACUAGACAGACGGUAUUACUCGGGAUUUACGUCUGUGAAGAAAUGUCAGGCUAUGCUAUAGCUUUUGCAGUAGUGUUGCAUUUAUGUGAAGAGAGUUGGAAAUGAAUGGAACGGGAGUAUAAGCAAACCUUAUAAUAAUGAAAUUAGACUCAUUCUGCAACAUUUUAAGUCUUCGUGUACCACUGAUUAAAGGGCAGCGGCUCUAUAGCAAAAAGUUGUAGUCCAUCCAGACACAUUGGCCUUGUUUAUUCUUAAUGCAAGUGCUCAUUUAGACCUUCAGUUGUAAAAAAAUAAAAAUAAAUAAUAAUCCGAUGGAUCCCAGCUUAGACACAGCCAGUAAAGAUGUGUUAGCCGUUUCUGAGGAGGAACAGCUGGGUACAGCAGAGAUUGAGAGUAUGGAAAUUCACAUUCCAACUGGGACUCAUAAUGAAAAAAGCCAAAGAGGGGGGGCUACAGAGGCUGAAGGCUUGGUCACAGUUACCUUCGAUGUGGGCUCUGGUAGCUCAGUUAGGGAUGUUGGGACACCAGGAAGCAGUGUGCUGUCCGCAGCUCCAAACCCCUGCCAGAGUGAGGAGGCUUCAGAAGCGCAGUUGAUGCUUCAGAAGAUGGAGGUUGUCGAGAACCUGCUGGAAAGAGACGGGUCAGGGCUAGGUGAGACAAACUCUGAUUCUGUUCCCAGUCUGGGUUUAUCAGAGUCGAGCUAUGGGAUAUCAUUGGACGAACAGUUGCCCUCGUCUAACUUAGCUCUGGAUGCCAAUGGUGAUCCGACUGUCUCAGCGGUUCCCUCUAGAGGUGAUUCAGCACUGUGUGUUGGAGCCACUGCUGCGGUCCCAGAUCCAGGGCCAGUACUGCCUCUUUACUACUAUAUUAAAUGGAUCACAUGGAAGGAGAAGAAAACACCAAUCAUCACACAAAGUGAGAACGGCCCCUGCCCCUUGCUGGCCAUCAUGAACAUCCUUUUUUUGCGCUGGAAGGCCCAGCUGCCCCCACAGACAGAGGUCAUCACCACAGAGGACCUUAUGGCUCACCUCGGAGAGUGUGUGCUGUCUAUCAAACCAAGAGAGAAAGCACAGGGCAUGGAGCUGAAUUUUCAGCAGAACAUGAACGAUGCGAUGGCUGUUCUGCCCAAACUGUCCACAGGCCUGGAUGUGAAUGUGCGGUUUACAGGGGUCACAGACUUUGAGUAUACCCCUGAAUGUAUCGUCUUUGACCUGCUCAACAUCCCGCUCUAUCACGGCUGGCUGGUAGACCCUCAGAGCCCAGAGAUGGUGUCAGCGGUGGGAAAGCUCAGCUACAACCAGUUGGUGGAGAAGAUCAUAGACUACAAGCAAUCAACAGACAGCAGGCGUGUCAGCCAGGCUUUGGUUGCAGAGCAGUUUCUGGAGUCCACGGCCACACAGCUGUCAUACCAUGGUUUAUGUGAGCUCAACACCACUGUCAAAGAGGGCGAGCUGUCUGUUUUCUUCAGGAAUAACCACUUCAGCACCAUGAUAAAGCACAAGGAUCACCUGUACUUGCUGGUGACAGACCAGGGCUUUCUGCAGGAGGACAGUGUGGUGUGGGAAAGUCUCCACAAUGUCGAAGGUGAUGGUAAUUUCUGUGACUCGGAGUUUCGGCUGUGCCACCCGCCCCAGAGGAUGCUGGCCCCUAACAAAUCCACAGCCCAGCAGAUCGAUCAGGACUAUCUUGUGGCCAUGUCUCUGCAGCAGCAGCAGACAGAUAUGAGUGAUCUGGAAUUGGCGAGGCAGCUACAGCAGGCCGAGUACGAGCAUCCAGGACAGCAACAGCAGGGGGUGCUGCAACCAUCUGCUCAGCAGACCAGAGGUCAGUUAGCAGGCCCUCAUGGAGGUCAGAGGCGUCGUGGGGAUAAGAAAGAGGACUCUGAUUGUGCCAUCUUAUAGCUGGAGCCCCAGUCUCUACAUAGCCCUGUGCAACUCUUCAGUUUUCUGCCCAGAAAAUUACCACGUAUGCCUGUGCACAUAUUCUCUCAACACACAGCGUUGGGGACCACGGCCACGCUGACCUCUUACCUCUCACACUACCUUAACAGUGCUCUUAUCCUGUUAGUUAAGCUCUCUCCUUUACAUGUCUAACUUUUUCAGCCCUCUGUUCUCUGAAAUGUCGAGAACAGCAUUGGAACAGCAGCAUAAUUUAAUCAUCGACACAUCUACUGUGAAUAUCUAGGGUAUAGAAUAUAUCAAAUAAAAGAUAUAUGUAGUGUACGACAUGGCAGAUAUUGGACCUGUUGAUUUUUUAAUUGUCUGGGUAAGGUCUUAAAGUAACUGUUUGAAUUUUUUCAUGGACAAAACGGAAUUACUUUGACAUGUACUUCUUAUUUCGAUACCUAAAUGCAAUGUCUUAAUGAUCAUUUUUUGCUUUGAAUUAAUUUUGUCAUUUCCU